CCUUCUCUCUCCAACAACCACCACCACCGUUCUUAACGCUGCAAAUGUCAGUCUCCAUCAAGAUUCAGUCGCGAUAGCAUGUCCAAGAUGCCGUCGCAUCAACUAGCCAUUGCGAAGGCCAGCUUCUUUGCGGGCCUGCUGCGACCUGAUCCUACCUCUCUUCCCCGAGACAGUAUUGAGCACUUCCAUUCCUUGCUCAACGCAGUCGUCCUUCAGUGUACCCCAGGAAACGUCCAGAAAUGCAAGCAAUGGAUAUUGGAGAACAUUGCUCCAUCUACAGCAAGAUUUUCGGCAUUGGUGAAAUAUUUGACAGUUCUCACAUCUUCUUUUGCUGAGCCGGAAGUACAAACUGCUACGCUGGCAAAGCGCGGUCCAUCAAUCAAAAGAAAACGACUGCACCUGCUAUACCUAAUGAACGACGUUCUCUACCAUUCGAAAUAUCGAGGCAACGAUGCUUCAAUAUGCGGCAAAGUACAACCAGUAUGCAUGAGCUUGUUCGCAAGUGCUGCGUCAUUCAAAGACUGUCCCAAGCACCAGCGCAAGAUACAAGAUCUUCUGGAGAUAUGGGAGGAGAGAAGCUAUUACUCCAAAGACUACAUUGACAAACUUCGCGAAACUGUCAAGAAUGCGGCGGAAGCUGGAGAACAUGCAAGUGGAGGCGUCGAGUUGACAGAGAAGGACCAAGGUAACUCUGGGAAAACCCCAAAAGCUACACCUUAUGUUAUGCCUGCGACACAUGGCGAUGCAUCGACUCCGUGGUUCGACCUACCGGCCGGAAACCUUAUGCCUCACAUUGUCCCAAAUUCAACACGUCCAAUCAACCCAGAGAUGAUAAAGCCGUUGCAGUUUGUGGCGGGACCAGCCGACGAGGGUUUGAUGUUAGCAGUCAAGGCACUUUUGGACGAUGUGCAGAACAUAUAUGGUGCAGAGGCCGAGCUCGACGAGAAAGCUACCAUGGAUAUCGAUGAGCUUGGACAACCUAUUAUUCUCGACGAGAUCACUGGAGAUGUACUUGAAGGUGAAGGAUACUAUGGAUGGUCACGAUCAUUCUGCGAGAAGAUGAAACGACGCAAGAAGGGAGAGCAGCCCGGAAAUGGUGAUGACCGCGAGCGUAGGAGUCGGAGCAGAAGUUCUAGCCCAGGCAUGAGGAAACGACGGUAUAGUGACUCAGACGGAUCGGAUGAACGCAGGUCUUCCAGACGACGACGGUCAUAUAGCUCUUCUCGAAGUCCUACGCCAGAUCGCAGUCGGCGUAACGGACAUACUGGUCUAGGAUCUAGGAGUAGGUCUCGUUCUAGACCGUCACGACCGGCAUCUCGAAGUCCCCAUCAGUCAGAACAAUAUUCUCGAAAUCCACAGCCUACUCAUGCUCCUCCUCCUCCACCACCAGGCUCUCGUGAAGGACUCCCACCGAGACCGCCUAUGCCAAAUAUUCCACCGCCACCACCAUUUCACCAAGGUUUCAACCCCAACUUUCCACCACCGCCACCUCCCCCUUUGAACAACAUGCAAUUCAAUGGUCAACAGUAUGGAGCAUGGCCGCCUCAACCCCCAGCAAUGAUGCAGAACAUGCAAUUCAACCAGAACCCUCAAAUGGGUGCUUGGCCUCCUCCUCCACCACCUCCACCUCCGCCUGGUAAUCCACCAGGUAACUUUCAGCAGCAGCAAGGACAAUAUCCCCCAUCCGGCCCAGGAGGUUGGCAGCAAGGAGGUAGAGGCUAUAACAAUAACGGCUGGAAUGGGAAUUAUCGAGGAGGCAGAGGAGGCUACAGAGGACGAGGUUGG